AUGGACCUGGAAUUCUAGCCGCUUCACAGCAUCUGUGUUCUGGACGGAAUCUGCCUUAGGACUGUUCUACUCACAUGCAGAAUCCCGCCCCUGCACUCAGUCCCCCAUUCCUGGCCCCUGACCAUGCCCUAGGUAGGUGGCAGGCCACUCAGCCUGCCCUGAGAGGUCACAGUGGGGGAUGAGGGAAAAAGCCCGGUCCUCACUUCCUCCCAGCUCACCAUCCACCCGCUGGGUGAGCCUGGCCAAGCCAGUGGCCUCCUGGGUGCCUGUUUCUUUUUCCCGUCUUGGCACUGCCUACCAGAAGGAAAAGAUGCUGUACCCAGUCUGUACCUUCUCUAGUUACUCUUUGAGGGAACCAGGGGAAGUUGGCCAAGAUAGGUCCCCCUUCCCUCUAUGGCACCAGGCCCGGGUUCUGGUUCCUCUGACACCCCAGCUCUGCAGGGUCCCGGAUGGCCUGAGCCAGCUGACUCCAGACACAGUCCACCCCAUCCGGGUGAGGCCUGCACAGCUGCACUGGCCCGAGUCACGGGGGAUGGACUCACUGCAGAAGCAGGACCUUCGGAGGCCUAAGAUUCAUGGGGCGGUCCAGAUGUCCCCCUACCAGCCACCCACGCUGGCCUCACUGCAGCGAUUGCUGUGGCUCCGUCGGACCGCCACCACACUGACCCACAUCAAUGAAGUCUGGCCCAACCUUUUCUUGGGAGAUGCGUAUGCUGCCCGAGACAAGAGUCGUCUUAUCCAACUGGGCAUCACCCAUGUUGUGAACGUCGCUGCAGGCAAGUUUCAGGUGGACACCGGUGCCAAGUUUUACCGCGGAACACCUCUGGAGUACUAUGGCAUCGAGGCUGAUGAUAACCCCUUCUUUGACCUCAGUGUCUACUUUCUGCCUGUUGCUCGAUACAUCAGAGAUGCCCUCAAUACUCCCCGAAACCGCGUGCUGGUCCACUGCGCCAUGGGGGUAAGCCGCUCGGCCACAGUUGUCCUGGCCUUCCUCAUGAUCUGCGAGAACAUGACGCUGGUCGAUGCCAUCCAGACGGUGCAGGCCCACCGAGAUAUCUGCCCCAACUCGGGCUUUCUCCGACAACUCCAGGUUCUGGACAACAGGCUGAGGCGGGAAUCAGGGCGACUCUGACUCAGGGGGCGCCUGAAGCCCUGACCCCUCCAUCCAGCGUGGUCCAACCUGACAUGCCUGGCCCUGGGGAAGAGAGUCUCUGCUGUUUCCAGAGCCCCUGACGUGUUACCAGCAAGUCAGGGCUCCACUGAGGCAGAGGCAGGGCGGGCUGGGUGGCACUUUCAGCAGGUGGAGUCCCUGACCCAAUACAGAAAUUCUUUAUGCUGAAGAAAAUUCAGUCUGUCUCUAUAAUAAAAGGUUCAUCAUAAUAAA